GGCAUGAUUCCUUUUGUGGAUCCGGCCGUGUACAGGGGAAGCGUGACCAAAUUGGCAGCGCAGGUGCGGGACAUUGCCGUCAUGCACUUUAAGCUGCCGGGAUCGCUCCCGCACACGGACACGCACGCCCUCUGCGGUAUCAAUCACUACGAGGCGGUCAACGAUGCCAUUCAUACGUACACGGAGUUGAGCGGCGACGUUGUCCGCCAGCUCAAGGUGCGGUCUCACAAGUCGGGUGCCUUUACUGAGGAGAUGUUUCUGUGCCUCAACGACUUGGAGAAUGACGCUGCUCUCGGAGAGAUAGAGGAUUUACGUGACGACCCCGUCCACUACCAGCAGCACGGUUUCGAG